AUGCUGCAUAUACCUUCAUUUGUGAGCAGCCAAUCAUAUCUAAAGGCAAAUAACCUAAGUGGUCAGCCGACUCCCCAUCAUCAUCAUCUUCUUCUUCAAAACCAGUCACUGAUCAACCUCCUCCUCCCUCGUCUCUGCCUCUCGAACCAACUCAACACUGCGACCCACCUCGCCAUCACCGCCCUCCUUACAAAUCCACCUCUCGAUGCCAUCUCUCUUUCUGCCCUCCUCGACUCCCUUGCCUCCCAGUCGGACAUUGCCAUGCCCAUGUCCCUCCUCACCCGCCUUAGACGCAGCCCGAUGUCCCAACACCAUGUGGCGCCCAUCAACAACACGCUCGUCGCUGCCUACUUCAGAAAGGGCAAGCCCAAAGAGGCCAUCAAGGUUUUUAAUUGGAUGGUGAGGUCGGGUUCCCCAUUCAAGCUUGUGGAAAAGUUUUGUGGGAUUUUGGUUGAUGGGUUUUGCAGGAGUGGGAUGGUUCUUAAGGCUUUGAAGGUCUUGAGAGCCAUGGUGGCUGCUGAUAUUUGUCCGCAUGGCGAGUUGAGGAAGGUUGUCUAUAGAGGUUUGCUGAGGGAAGCGAGAAUUAGGGAAAGAUGGGGUUUGAUGGGGCUGAUUUUGGGGGCUAGGGUUUCAAAGAUGAAGAAGAUGAUGAUGAGGAGUUGGCUGGGGUUAGAGAGAGAAGAAGGAGGCGUGAAGAAAGAAAAGAGAAAGAAAAGAAAAAAAGAAAAAGAAAAAGAAAAAGAAAAAAAUGUAAAAAAAAAAAAUUAAUUUUUUAUUUUUUAUUUUUAAAUAAAAAUAUUUUUUAUUUUUUAUUUUUAAAAUAAUUAAUUUUUAUAUUUUAAUUUUAAAUAUUUAUUACGUGGACUAAUUAAAUUGUGCCACGUGUACAUUGUGUACACGUAGACAUUCCAACCUGUCACUUAACACCCAAAAAUGCACGAAAAGGUCUAACUGCUAAUAGAAGCUGGGUUUAGGAGGUUAGUUGCAAAUACCUGACCACUUAAGGAGGUAAUGCUGCAAAUAACCCUAAAAAAUACACCUUAAUUAUUUUAUACUAUUUUAUUUUAAUAAUUUCUCACUUUA